AUGAGUCCUCCUUGUCCCAUUUCCAAUCGAUUCCCCGCUCCAAAACAGAAUGACAGCAUGUAUCAGGCAUGCCAAAAGCAUCCUCAUUCGCAGAAUGAUCUCAAUGUACUUGACCAAUUGCAAUCGGCCGACUUUCACGCAGCUGUGGCCAAGAUUCUAGAGUUUCGAACCACCUACUUGCAAGAGAAGCGAAUCUUCCUUGAAGGCGAAGCACUCAUCCCAGUACUGCGGGGACUCGGCGCAACACAGGAUAGCUUUGAACACAUUAGACUCGUCAGUGACCAUCUUGGCAAAGAUCCCACGGUAGACUAUAGGAAAAUUGGGCUAGCCCGGUUUGCUCUCGAUCGUGAGAAAUGUCAGGCAAUGCGACUGGAAGACCAGCUCUUUGCUCUUACAGAAGAGGAAAACUACAAGCGCCAUGAUUCGGGAGUUCCUCGGGAUUUCCCACCAUUGGGCUCUGAAUUCCAGCAUAACACCGUUAUCCAAGCGUUGAUGGUGUUCAAAUCGAUCAUGAUGGAAGAAUUUCCAUUGGACCAGCGCCGGGGUCUUGACUAUGCCAGUGAUAGCUGGAUCUGUAAUGUAUUUAAUGUCCGCACCUUCACUGAUAAGGACAUACAGGGGCAUCCCGCUCUGGAAGGUGUCCAUCAAGAUGGUGGCGAUCACACGAUGACCGUUUUCCUGCACUCGGAAAAUCUUCGUAAAGACAGCGGAAUCACUUCUGUUCAUGAUAGCAAUGAGACCACGGGGAUCUCGGGGUGUGAGGCCAAGCCUGGAUUCAUCAUCGACAGAGUGCAGCACCGCCAUUUUUUGGAUACCUUGAUGUUUGCCGACAACAGCUACAAACACAGUGUCACUCCUGUAUAUAUUUCUCCCGGAGAAGAUCGUGCUGUUCGAGAUAUGCUGGUUCUCAUCACUCGGAAGCCUAAACUACCAGGGCAUCCGUCCAAAAUUAUGGACUCAAUGGAACCGAACCGACGACUUCCACUGCGGUUUCCGCUAUGGCUACCUGGGGUCUCAGACAUUGCAAUAGCCCCCAUAUGA